AUGCGCACCCGGGACACACAGCGUGUGGCGCACACUGCACGCCCACGCACCCUGUACCGGACGGGAUCAGGGCAUGGGUCGGCCCCUGAUUUCCGGGCCGGAUCGGGCUUCUGGUGGAUGCCCAGUGGUCGGGCUGCCUCGCGGCCUUUGUCCCUGCAACAAGGGGACCAGCGGCUGGGACACAGUGAGCGCUUAGUAAAUGCUCCCCGCUGGCUUUGCUUUGUACCUAGUGCAGUCCAUACAGACUUUGCCCACGUCGAUUACAGUGCAAUUCACAGGAGCCGAGGUGCAGCGGCCGCCCGGGCUCGGCCCCGCCGGUCCCGGGCCCCGCGCGCUCCGCUCCGCUCUUUCUCCUCGGCCGCCGCCGCCGCCGCCGCGCCGCGAGCGUGCGCCGGCCCCGGCCCUGCGCCCCGCUCCCGCGGCGCCUCUCGUAGCUCGCCGCUCCCUGGUCCCCGCCGCGCCUGCGCGGGCCAUGGCGCCGACAGCGCCAGCGAGAGCGACACGGACGGCGGGCGGCCCGGGGGCGGCGGGCCGGCGGGCGGGGGCGGCGGCGGCGUGGCAGUCGUGCUCCCGGGCGCGGGCGGCGGCGGCGGCGGCGCGGGCGGCGGGCCCGGGCCCGGCGGCGGCGGGAAGCCGGGCGGCAUUGUCAUCUCGCCGUUCCGCCUGGAGGAGCUCACCAACCGGCUGGCGUCGCUGCAGCAGGAGAACAAGGUGCUCAAGAUCGAGCUGGAGACGUACAAGCUCAAGUGCAAGGCGCUGCAGGAGGAGAACCGGGACCUGCGCAAGGCCAGCGUCACCAUCCAAGCCAGGGCUGAGCAAGAGGAGGAGUUCAUCAGCAACACCUUGUUCAAGAAGAUUCAGGCCUUGCAGAAGGAGAAGGAGACUCUCGCCGUGAAUUACGAGAAGGAAGAGGAGUUCCUCACCAAUGAGCUGUCCAGGAAACUGAUGCAGCUGCAGCACGAGAAGGCAGAGCUGGAGCAGCACCUGGAGCAGGAGCAGGAGUUCCAGGUCAAUAAACUGAUGAAGAAAAUCAAGAAGCUGGAGAACGACACCAUCUCGAAGCAGCUCACGCUGGAGCAGCUGCGGCGGGAGAAGAUUGACCUCGAAAAUACAUUGGAGCAAGAGCAGGAGGCGCUGGUCAAUCGUCUCUGGAAGAGGAUGGACAAGCUGGAGGCUGAGAAACGAAUCUUGCAGGAGAAAUUGGACCAGCCCGUCUCGGCUCCCCCGUCGCCCCGGGACAUCUCCAUGGAGAUCGACUCUCCAGAAAACAUGAUGCGGCACAUCCGGUUUUUAAAGAAUGAAGUGGAGAGACUGAAGAAGCAGCUGCGAGCUGCCCAGCUACAGCACUCGGAGAAGAUGGCCCAGUAUUUGGAGGAGGAGCGCCACAUGCGGGAAGAGAACCUGCGCCUGCAGAGGAAGCUCCAGCGCGAGAUGGAGCGGAGGGAGGCCCUCUGCCGGCAGCUCUCAGAGAGCGAGUCCAGCUUGGAGAUGGACGACGAAAGGUAUUUUAACGAGAUGUCUGCCCAAGGCUUACGACCUCGCACUGUGUCCAGCCCGAUCCCUUACACGCCUUCUCCCAGUUCCAGCAGGCCCAUCUCACCGGGUCUGUCGUACACAAGUCACACAGUUGGCUUCACGCCCCCGACGUCGCUGACCCGAGCCGGAAUGUCUUACUACAACUCCCCCGGACUCCAUGUGCAGCACAUGGGAGCCUCCCACGGGAUCACAAGGCCUUCACCCCGGAGAAGCAACAGUCCGGACAAAUUUAAGCGCCCCACGCCUCCGCCAUCUCCGAACACACAGACUCCCGUCCAGCCUCCUCCGCCUCCGCCCCCACCCCCCAUGCAGGCCUCCCUCCCGUCCGCCACCUCGCCGCCCGCCUCCUCACCACAUCCGGUGCAUCCCCCCCCACAGCCCUAGUGCAUGCGCUCCAGCAGGUGGGCUGUGCCGAAGGUGGGAGAGGAGACGAAGCCGUUUACGAAAAGCCGAGGCCUCCCGGCGCCCGGCAGCCUGACUUCUUGGCUCUGAGGGUCUCUCGACUUUCCUCUUAAUGGUGUUGUAAAUGUCUGUCCAAAACGCAGCCAGCUUUGUGGGUCUAUGACACUAACCCCUAGAACAACCUUUCUCCAUCAGUGUUUACUUGAAUCUACAUGUAGGUCUCUCUUCUGGCUGGAACAUUCGCUCCUCCGUAUCUGGUAACUUGGUGUUGCGCCAUUUGCUCAGCUCUAGAGCGCUUUCUUUUUCCUCCUGGCUUUUAGGUUGGUAAAAUAAAAGGGAGACCCACGGUCUUCGCUCUCCCUGCCCUUGGCCCCUAGCAUAAAGAUGGCGGCCUCUUUGGCCCCGCCGCGCAGUCGGAAGGACGUGGGUGGCCAGGACGUGCCCGCGCUGGGCCUCGGGUCAAGUUCCCCGUUUGUAUUCCCGCCUGCCACCGCGCUUCUCUCCUGACACACUGUCCUAAGCCAGUGCAUACGAUAUAGUAUUGGGUAAUUAUCACAGAGUAUAAGAUUCCUGGGGCUCGAGGAGGGCCGUUUCCUCAAUUGUCCACGCCCACUUCCCUGUACACCAGAAGCUGACCAUGCUGUUCUUUCCAGCACAUUUCUGUACCAGUCACCCCCUCCCCCCCCACCACGACUUGGGGGACCAGGUCAGAGAUGCUGCCCACUGUGGCGCCCGAGGGGGGCCGUGGGAGGCGACCAUGGAGAGCUCCGGCGUUCCCUUCUACCCCUACACCAUGAGCCCCUGCCCCCGGCCCGCCCUCCCCAAGCGAUUCCCUCAAACACAGUUGGAACAAGAUUUUCAAGAAGCGCAAAGUCCUCCUUAGAGACCCCGAAUGAGAAGAAGUGUUGUAGGAACGUUGGCCUAGAUGCAAAAGGUACCGUUUUGUGGGUAGAGAAGAUGCGAGUGAGGGAGAGCACCCCAAGGCGCCGAGGAAGCUCCCUGGACAGGAACUGGCGUGCUGAGUGCGUGUCAGGAAGGGCCCCUGAGGACGGUCCCCUCAGACCGGCCUCAGGGGCAGCCAUAAGCGAUUUGGCUUCAUGACUCCAUGAGACAGAAGGCGAGGCUCUCUUCCCUCAUUCUAGCGAAAUGCUCCUUUUGGUUCGGCAACAAUUUCUGUUUUUGUACUUUGAUAGUGAAGUGAUCUUCCUUCCCCGCCUGUGUUUGCAUAUUUCGAUAUGCUGUGGACAAAAACCUUACUAGAGAAUGUAUAUUUUAUGAUGAGAAUGUGUAUCUAUUCUGUUGGAUAUAAUCAAAGAACUGAAAAAUAAUUUAUCGGUUAUUUUUUUUUUUUUUAAGAAUUCAUGUUUUGUGACCGAACCAUCUCGAAUGCCCCCCUUUUAUUGAACACAUGCCUAAAAAAAAAAGGAACAUUGUAGAUAUUAAAUAUUGUGCAGUCAUGUCAACUUUCAUUUUUGCCUUUGAAUACCUAUCUAAAAAUCGAAAGAAAAUUACCGGAUUAGAGUGCUCGAUGAGUAAACUCGAGAAAGCUAACAACCUCCGUAGGAUUUUUCUCCCCUCCCCGUUUCCAAGCCAAAAGAAAGAAACGUGGCUCUGGCUUCUAAGCAUUUCAGAAAAAAUCGUGUGUGUGUGUGUGUGUGUGUGUGUGCUGUAUACAUUUGCUAUUUAAUAAUGUGGGUGUAUUCUACAUUGUCAUCGUGUUUUCUUCAAACGACAAUGUCAAGAAAGAUCACAUGAACCAAGUGACCAAGUUUCCAUAAAGGUUCCCGGCAGCCCCAGGGCCGACUUCUCGGUCUGGUCCGCUGUUGCGAAGUCUCAAACUGUGUAACUUCUUUGUGGGUUACACGACCUUCCCUCCCUCCCGUCCCCCCCCAGGUGAUUGAAUCAGUGAGUGAAAUCGCUUCGGUAUGUGCCCCAGGGAUUUCCAGAGAUGGACUUAGGUAAAUGGUAGGCUCUCCCCUUUGAAAUGUCUCCUCCAAGAACAUAAAUGGCAGCACUGCUCGGGAGCGUAGCUUGCUUUUAAGAAAUCCUUAUUGCCCUAUUCUCCGUUCCCUGGAAAGUUGGUUUACUCUAGUGAUAGAAAAGUCAAAACCUGCAGGAGAAUGGAUGGGAUGGGCAGAUGGUGAUAGAAUGAGAAGUGUCACAAGUACGUGAAUUACAGGCAGAAUCCUUCAAAAUUAGAUUUCUACAAAAGCAGACUGCCACUUUGUUCCGGAGCUGAAAACUAGAAUUAUUCACCAUAAAUGUAGCUGGCUCCCCAUUCCCUAACACUGUGUACAGUCCCUGUAGGACAACCACUACUAAUGGUGGGUGAUGUAAUGGGGGCACUCUGACUCCCUUGUGUCACGUCACAGGGUCAGCAUUGCAGCUGCCGGCCACUGAUCAUCCUGAGUUGGUUGAGCCCACUGCCACUCAUAGGAUCGAGCCAGGGACGAGAAGAAAACUUCCUGUCAUAUCCCUGCUCAUGGCCUCAUUGUCCCCCUCAGACAAAAAGUCUGGGCUGCUGCUAUUCCUGGGUGCCCCGCACUCACCCGCAGACCGAGUUUUCCUAUAGGCCAUCAUUUGUUGCCCUGGGAGUGUAGCCAUCGCAGUUAGGUGAACGUAGGUGAUCGUAUUUUUGCAGAUGGCAGAGAUGUGGCCUAGGAGGCGUCAGGGUUCCGCCUGGCCUUCCUUGGCAGAAUCCCAAUGGCGUGGCAGAAGCUAGAAAUUCUCCUAAGUUUUCAUGCCCCUUACCCUCCUAUUGAGUUUGAGUUUUAAAGUGAUGAGCUCAGAAGCUCACGGAGUGUGUGCCAGACCCGAAUGUGACUUUGACACCAAGUGCUGCCCCCAUGAUUGGCCACUCUACGGUAGGACCAAAAAUCUCGGUGGCGAUUCUCGCUAAACGCCGUACAACUGAAAGAGAUUAGAGAUUCUGUGUGGCGCCUUCCCCCCCGCCCCCAGCAUAGAUAGGAAAUUUUUCCCACCAGAAGCCUUGCUAGGAAAGGAAGCCUCGGACACCGCAUCAGAAGAAAAGUAAUUUGGGCUUUGAGAUCUCAUUCAUUUUGCUUAGUAGUACAGAAGUCUCUUGUGUGGCUUGAUCUUCUGGCCAGUAGUUGUCUUGUAGGUAUCCAAUAUUGAAAACGUUGUCACGAGGUCUACCAAAGAAGUACAUAGCAAAAUGAUAGUUUAUUUCCAAAUGAUUAGUGAGCCAGUCAUUGAAGCUGCUACGUGAGUUCCAUGCUCAAGAGCCAUUAUAACAAAUUAAGGGAGUUGUUUUUCUAUAAUUUUUCUUUUCUUUUUUCUUUUUCUUUCUUUUUUUUUUUUUUUUUUUUUUUUUUUUUUUUUUUUUUUUUUUUUUUUUUUUUUUUUUUUUUUUUCCUUUUUUACAACAAAUGAAACUCCACACACAGCUGUCGGCCUGAAGUCACGGGGAGCAUUUUCCCAGGCGCUUGGCAGUUUUUGCAGCGAUGAGCUGCCAAGUCCGGACUGCCUCAUGUUAGGGGAGGGAGAGUAUCCACUAUUCUUAAGGGUGUGGGAGCUGUGUGUGUGUGCAUGGUCUGUGUGUCUGCGUGUUCAUUCAUGCCUUAACUCUGGUUACUGCUCAGAUUUAGUUCUCAACUUAGUCUGCCUUGUCAACUAGUUUGUAUCGUACUUCUCGAUCUGAACUUCAUCCUGGCCAAACCGCUCCCCCUCCUCCCAAAACAAAAAGUAUCGGCAACAGCAACUGUACAACUGUUUUCUCAGAAUAUUAUUUAAUCAGGUCAACCCCAAGUCUCCUUUGGACUUUCUUUGGUACUUAAGAAGUCACAUAAAAGUGACCCGGAGAAGUGGAAGGAAAUCACUGAGGAAAAGAGCAUGUCUUCUCACCUUGACAUCUCAGUGCCCAGUGUUAAUGACUCAACAUGGUUUGGCCCUACACCUUGAGUAGAUCUGGAGAUGCAGUGGCAAUCUUGAGAUUCUUGCUUGGUCAGAGUUUAGAGAGAUGUAAGACUUCCAAUUAAUGUCUUUUUUGCUUCUUUGUGUUGAUUAGUCUUUGAUACAUGUGCUGAAUCAGAAACCUGAAUAAAGAUAAUUUUUUUAAAAUGGA